UCAAACAUUUCGUUUGACAACCGUCGAAUGAAACGUGUGAGGAUAUUUCAGUUUAUGAGGUUACAAAGUGUUCCAUUCCAGAGCAACACAAUUUUUGGGGACUCAACCGAUUUGGAAGUUGUGCUUGCAAACAAACACAUUUAUCAUGGCCGAAGUGGGAGCACCAAAUGAGUCGGUAGCAUGCAAAUUACCGCAAAAACGAUUCUAUCGCCAACGUGCACAUUCGAAUCCAAUUGCCGAUCAUACGAUGGACUAUCCAGCUCAUCCUGAUGAUUACGAUUGGACGAAAUUGUACCCAAAUAUUGGGGAUAAUCAAGUUGAAUUCGCCGAUAUUGGUUGCGGUUAUGGUGGAUUUUUGGUUACAUUGGGUGAACUGUUUCCUGAAAAAUAUUCCAUUGGUUUCGAGAUUCGUGUCAAAGUAUCAGACUAUGUGAUGGAUCGUAUUGAUGCGUUACGGAAAUUACAUCCGGGCCAAUAUCAAAAUAUUGCUUGCCUCCGUACGAAUGCGAUGAAAUAUUUGCCAAACUUCUUCAAGAAAGGUCAACUAACAAAAAUGUGCUUCCUUUACCCGGAUCCACAUUUUAAGCGGGCAAAACACAAGUGGCGUAUCAUCAACACGGCAUUGCUCACAGAAUACGCAUAUUGUUUACGCGAAGGGGGCAUUCUUUACACAAUAACUGAUGUCAAAGACCUACAUGAAUGGAUGGUUUCUCAUCUCGAGAAACAUUCUCUCUUUAAACGAAUUGCUGGCGAAGAAUUGGAAUCGGAUCCAGUCGUGGAAAAAUUGUAUGAAACUAGUGAGGAAGGCAUAAAAGUGACACGGAACAAGGGCGAUAAAUUCGUUGCUAUUUUUCGACGCAUUAAACCACAACAACAACAGAUAUAACUUAUUGAAACUCAUUUAUUUCACAUAACUUUUUACAAUAUUAAACUAAACAGCAAUCAUUUACUUUGUGUAUCCAAUUUAUACUGGUAUAAUGCAUAAGUGUCGAUAUAAAUGUCAAAAAUUGAUUUCUUUCGA